AUGAGUGAAUUUUGGCACAAACUGGGCUGUUGCGUGGCAGAGAAGCCCCAGCCGAAGAAGAGGAGAAGACGGAUUGACUGCACCAUGAUUGGGGAACCAAUGAAUUUUAUCCACUUGACUCACAUCGGCUCGGGAGAGAUGGGGGCAGGAGAUGGGCUUGCCAUGACCGGUGCAGUUCAGGAGCAGAUGAGAUCCAAGGGAAACCGGGACAGACCGUGGAGCAGUUCUAGGGCCUUGUAGCUCCCACAGGCCU